CGGACGAUGAGUUGUCAAAUUCAAUCAAAUUGUUGGCAGAAAAUCAGUGCAUAAAAAAUCCAUCUGUUUUCGUAAAAUCUAUUUUCAUAUAUGAAAAGCGGGUUAUUUUGUAUCUUGUUUGUGUGUGAAAUAUAGUUGUCUUGUAGAAAUUGCGUAAGCCUUCUACCAUAUGUCCAGUGAGGACACAAUGUCAUAAUAUCUCGUCGAAAUAUACAAUUUUGAAUCAAUAUGGACAAAGUAGAAGAACCAGAAACAGUGGCAAGCCCUCUGCCAGAGCCGGAGAUGCCAAUGGAAUCUGAGACUGAUUAUUCUAGUAUUAGAGGGAAAAUGAUUCUGGUCAGUCCAAGUACAGAAGAAUAUGAACUAUUGAAGAAACAACUUACUGAGAGACUAGAGUCAGGAAAUGGUGAAAUUAUUUAUGAUAUAGGACAUGGUGAAGAUGGUAAGGGUCUUACAGAAGAUGAAUACAAUGCAUCAGUUGCAACCCUACAGUCUCUUGUAAGUGAAAGGAUAUCUUGUGUAGAACUACGAAAGUGGGACUGUGGUACUGGCAUUGUUGGGCAGUAUCUACUCAGAACUGAAUUGGAUCAUAAUGACUUUAUGGAGAUAAGGGUUGCAGUAGUGGGUAAUGUAGAUGCGGGCAAGUCAACAUUACUGGGUGUGCUGACACAUGGGGAACUAGACAAUGGAAGAGGCCAUGCAAGGCAACGGCUCUUCAGGCACAAGCAUGAAGCUGAAACCGGCAGGACCAGUUCUGUGGGGAAUGAUAUACUUGGCUUUGACAGUAUGGGUAAUGUUGUCAACAAACCUGACCAUGGUACUCUUGACUGGGUGAAGAUCUGUGAAAAAUCAUCAAAGGUGAUCACAUUCAUUGACUUGGCCGGACAUGAGAGAUAUCUGAAGACAACUGUAUUUGGUAUGACCGGACAUGCACCAGAUUUUGGCAUGUUGAUGAUCGGGGCAAACGCGGGUAUUGUGGGAAUGACAAAGGAACAUUUGGGACUUGCGCUUGCUCUGUCCGUGCCAGUAUUUGUUGUCGUCACCAAGAUUGAUAUGUGUCCACCGAAUGUACUGCAGGACAAUCUGAAGCUACUAAUUAGGAUACUGAAGUCUUCUGGGUGCCGCAAAGUGCCAGUUAUGGUUAAGACGAAAGAUGACGUCAUCGUCAGUGCAACUAAUUUUGUGUCCCAACGUCUAUGUCCAAUCUUCCAAGUAUCGAACGUGACGGGUGAAAACUUGGAGCUGCUGACGAUGUUCCUUAACCUGCUGAAGACCAGGAUGCCUUCGCAAGAUGACAAACCUGCUGAGUUCCAGAUUGACGAUACAUACUCUGUUCCGGGUGUAGGAACAGUUGUAUCAGGAACAACUUUAGCAGGUGUUAUUCGUUUGAACGACACCCUACUUCUAGGCCCUGACCCGCUUGGCCGAUUCGUGCCAAUCACUGUUAAAAGUAUUCAUCGCAAACGAAUGAGUGUGCAUGAAGUGCGAGGGGGACAGACUGCUAGUUUCGCACUUAAAAAGAUAAAACGUUCAGCAAUUCGUAAAGGUAUGGUGAUGGUGUCACCAGCGCUGAACCCUCAGGCUUGCUGGCAGUUCGAAGGAGAGAUUCUUGUUCUGCAUCAUCCAACCACAAUAUCUUCCAGAUACCAAGCCAUGGUACACUGCGGCAGUAUUCGCCAGACGGCGUCGAUUCUCUCAAUGUCUCGCGAAUGCCUCCGUACGGGAGACAAGGCACGUGUAAGCUUCAGAUUCAUCAAGCACCCAGAAUACUUGCGACGGGGACAAAGGAUGGUAUUCCGUGAAGGGCGUACCAAAGCUGUUGGUAAUGUACUACGUCCUGAGCCUCAUGCUCAGGCGACUGCCAGACAUCAUAGACAUGAUCAUAGGCAUCUCAAUGCGGUACAUGAAUCCGAUGAAUCUGGUGCUAACUCUCCUUUCGAAAUGACGGGUGACAAGAGACGACGUGGGCGCAAAAGACAUGACAAACACGGCCCACAGGCGCCAUCGGCGUCUGCCGUUGUUGCCAAUUAAAAUAAAAUGGAAACCUACUCUCAAUCCACUCUGGAACAAACCUGAAAUGUAGGUUUUACUUAAUGGAUUAAUAUUUUCAGUAUCGAUAUUGGCUAGAAACUACACAGGUUCUACUAUCUACUUAAAAUCAGAUACUCACAUUGAUUAAAAUACUUCAAAUAAAUAUUAUUCCCAAAUUAGUGACGAAAAUAGCAAUAUAUUAAAUAGCAAGCAAUAUUAAUGAAAGCAACAUUUUUAUAUUAUUCUACUAAAAACUUCAUAGUCCUUUUUACAGCCAGGUAAUAUUAACAGUAAACUCAUCUAAGUCAAUAAUUAAAUGGAUAUCGAUUAUCGUUGUACAUUGGGGUACAAGGGUAUUCUAAUUUCAAACCAUAUUUUAUUUUAAUAAUUUCGUAAAAUUUUCUGUACACUUUUAUUAUGUUCAGAAAAUGGUAUGAAUGUCAAGUCUUUAAGCUAAGCAUAACAGUAUAAUACUUAUAUUUUUAUUCAAAUUUAUCUGACAUAUUCAUUGCAUAACAAAGCACAAGUAUACAUUUUUCUCUAGUACCACUAUUUUAUAAAUAUCUAUCACAUAUUUUCAUAUUAGUAUUUAGAUUACAUGUUAAACCCUUUUUAUGAAUUAUCAAAGGGAUUUUAUGACAUUGAAUGAUAUAUUCAAAGUUACUAUGUUCAACAGUAUAAUAAAGUUGGCAACCAUUGCCAAACCGCCUAAAACUAAGAAGUACAACUGUGUACUAUUGACCUUAUAUAGUAUGUAGCUAAUACAUAUUGUAGGGAACCGUCUAUUUUAUUCAUAGACACUUAUCAAAAAAAAUUAUAUUCCUCAUUCUACAAAGUUUUAGGCUUUUAAGGAAUAG